AUGAACAUCUAUGGGGCAAGCAGUGAAGAUCCAUGUUCCAGGUUCAUCUGCUACAAUGGGGGAUACUGCAGUGCUAAUGGCAGCCCCUCUACCUGUGUGUGUCCACCUGAUUUCACCGGACAACGAUGUGAAAAAGAAGUGACGCCAACUGCAAGAUGUCCAGUUAAAGAGACAAGUGGCUUUGGAAUACAUGGAGGAAUAGCUUGUUCAGAUGACCUCCCUUGUGCAGACGAUCAGAUCUGUUGUAACAGCGCUACUGGCAGAAGAUGUACUUACGUGCCCAAUCAUCGUGACCUCAAUAACCCUACCUGUGGUGGGUGCCCUAUGUAUCAGAUGUGCCUGGAAACAAGUAAAAAGUGCAACGUUGAUCCUUGCACAGGUAGGAAGUACAGUUGCAUCUACCCCAGGUGAAAUCAUCCAAUAAGCUGGAAUUAACAAUAAUCCAGUCAAUUUACAUUACUAAUUUAAAACUGCAAUAAAACUAAAUUUAAAAACAUAUAACAAUAUUGUAUAAGAACGGCUACUUGUAUGCUAUUUAUUUUUUGUGAUUAAACUAUAUAUCUUUUAACCUAAUCUUAAUACAUUUUCAAUAAGCAUGCAACAAAUAAACGUGUAUCAA